AUGACGGCCAUCACUCGGUCGGGCCUGAAUACGAGCGACAUGCUCGAAUUCACCGUCACCGACCUGUACGUGGCCACCGUCGAUGAUUGGUCGGCCAUUCAGUUCGCGGCGUCGGUCGGCCUCCUACCCAAUUCCCGGAAAUGCGAGCGCUGCGAACGACCGAUGCAUUUGGUCAGUCGGCAGGAGAAUAUCGACAAGAAACGGUGGAUCUGCAAGAUCAGUGAGGGCAGAAAGAAGCGAUAUUGUUCGACGAAGAGCAUCCGAAGUGGGACUUUCUUCGAAAAGUCCCAUUUAACGAUCCGAACCAUUGUCCACAUCAUUUAUUGGUGGUCUCUAGAUGUCCCACCCACUCUAAUCGAGCCUUUAUGCGGCAUUACGUCAAAGGCCGCCGCCGACUUUGCACUGUUUUUGCGGCAGGAGUGCGAAAAGUGAGUUGGUUUUGGGAACGCACUGUGCAGGAAUUUUUCUUCUUUGUCGCGAAUCCGAUGCACGGUGCGGUUUUCGCGACAAAAUUUUCACUGCACAGUGCAAAAAGCAAAUUGGUCACCUCUGUGCAACGAAUUCCGCUUUUUUCUGAAUGCACUGUGCGGAUCGGAAAAAUACGAUCGCACAGUGCGGAUCAAAAAUUAAUCUUGAAAUAUCAGGGAAAGGAAGAGAAAUUUGAUAUUUUUCGAAUGCCCUACAGAACCUAGAGCACUGCAAAAAAAUUUUAAAAUAAUUUUUCCUUGUUUCAGAUACUUCCUCGGCCACAAAUUGGACUGGGAUUCGGACAACAACAAUCUCAUGGACACCGAGGUCAAAGACGCCACCGAUUCGUCGGACACCUCGUCCGCUUCGUCAACGCAGAGUCGGUGGGCGGCGGCCAAACGAAAACCGGGCCCCGUCGAAUCUUCGGCCGCCUGUUUAUUGGAGAGAAAGUUCAGGAACGAGGCGAACGGAGCGGUCUUUGCCAAAAUGAUCGAAGCCAUCAAAACGUCGCACAAUUCUAGUCAGUUCAUGUGA